CCUCCGUCGUAUAUACAAUGGUGCAGACGGUCCCCUUCCGCAUUUCCGUCACUCACGCUCUCCUCACGUCGUUCCUUUCUAGCUUCAUUUCGAGUUCACAGCUGUAGACCAGCCUUUUCAGUAAUUACACUUUAACUUUUUGCCGUUGAACGGUAUUAUCAGUCUUUUCUCGAUUUACACGGUCUUUUUCAACUGCAGCAUAAUACAACAUGCAGCUAAUCUUGAGCUCCCUUUUGCUGGCAGUUGCCGUAAGCGCUCUGCCUGCGGAGCCUAUGCUUGGCACCUCUGGUCUGCGAGCCAAUAUCAGGGCACGACAGGCUAAGGUCAUCCCGGUGGUGGUUGGAGGACCGCAAGACACAUUCAAUCCCAACUCUGUGACUGCUGCUGUUGGGGACAUCAUCCAGUUCCAGUUCAGUAAUGGGAAUCACACCGCCACGCAGAGUUCUCUCGAAGCACCUUGUACUCCUCUCAACGGCGGAAUCAAUAGUGGCCAUAUUCCCUUCAAAGACGGUCAAACCACGGUUGGGACUUUCAGUAUGGUCGUAUCUAGCACUGAUCCUAUCUUCAUGUUCUGUUCUACAGGUCCCCACUGUCAAGAAGGACAAGUCAUGAUCAUCAACCCAACCGGCGCGCAACAGAUUCUCGACUUUGUCAAAGCAGCUCAAGGAACUGAUAAAUCGGUCGAAGGCACGGCCAUAGCCGGUGGCACCACAAGCCAGAUCGAGCUGACCAACGCUGCUUUUGUCCCAGCGCCUGCAGGAGCUGGCGGUCCCCCUGGGGGCGCUCCUCCGGCUGCUGCUCCCCCCGCUGCGAAUGCUACGGCCCCAGCUCAAAGGAAUGCUCCUGAAGCUAAGAAUGGUACCGCCAAAGAGGGCGAGAAGAAGGAGAAGCGCCAACCCGUUCUUCUUGCUUUCUAGAUUUCCUCGGUGAAAGAUAAAGUCAACAAUGUGUCGGCCUGGAUCCGCCGAUGCAUUGUAUGUUCGGAAUCGAGGCACACAGUGGAUAG